AUGAAACGGGUACUUGAAGCCAACAUAGGAUUGGUUUACCUCUUUUUAUAUAUACCGAUUUUAGCGGUUGUGGCGUUCUCAUUCAACAGCGGGGAACAGAUUUCUGUUUGGGAAGGCUUUACGUUCGGUUGGUAUGCAAGGCUAUUUGAGGAUGUCGCAUUGUGGCGCGCCUGCCGAAAUAGCUUGAUGGUGGCGGGCGUAGCAACUCUUAUCGCUACCGUUAUCGGUACGGCGGCUGCACUCGCUAUAGAACGACACCGUUUCCGUAUCCGAACCGCUCUUGUUCGCACGCUCUAUCUCCCGAUUAUUAUUCCAGACAUCGUGUUGGCGAUCGCGUUGUUGACCUUUUACGUGCAAGUCGGCAUUCCACUCGGUUUAAUCACUGUAAUUAUCGCACACGCCGUUUUCAACAUCGCUUAUGUUACUAUCGUCGUGCGGGCGCGCCUACAAGGCUACGAUAACACAUUGGAAGAAGCAGCACGUGACCUCGGUGCCAACGAAUGGCAGACAUUUUGGCGGAUCACACUUCCGCUCAUUGCCCCCGGAAUUAUCGGUGGUGCUUUGCUCGCAUUUACGCUCUCCAUUGAUGACUUUGUUAUCACUUUCUUUACCGCUGGCGUUGGUUAUACAACGCUGUCUGUACAUAUCUAUUCGCUGCUGAAAUUCGGGAUUACUCCGAAGAUUAACGCUAUCUCAACGAUGCUCUUGGCGAACUCCAUUGUAUUUAUCCUGCUGUUCCUGUGGUUCCAAGAGGGUACUACCUCCCCGCAAAAGCAGGAUUUUUAA